UAAUUAAUCCGCUGACAGCAAGCAGGGAUCUUGAUAAUUAAAUAUGUACUAGAAGUUGAGUUCCUGUUCGAUAAAACCAGAAGCCCCCUAUAAACUAGGACAUACAGUUCUAUCUUAUAUGAAGAUGCAGACACUGACAGCAAGCAGAGAUCUUGACAUUUCAGCGUGUAUUAGAAAUGGAGCUCACGUUCAAUAAAAACAGAAACCCCCUUUCAACAAGGACCUACAGUUACAUCUGGGACACAAAGAUGCAGAGAAGAAUAUUUCAUCCACUGACUGCAAGCAGGGAUCUUGACAAUUCAAUAUGUACCAGAAAUUGAGCUCCUGUUGGAUACACCCAGAAACCCCCUUUAAACAAGGACAUACAGUUAUACCUUAUACAAUGACGGAAAGCAGAGAUCUUGGCAUUUAAAUAUGUAUUAGAACUAGAGCUUGACUUGGAUAACAACAACUAACAGUUAGGAUUAUUUCAUCCACUGUCAGCAAGCAGAGAUCUUGACUAUUAAAUAUGCUCUAGACAUUGAGCUCCUGUUCGAUAGAACCAGAAACCCACUUUAAACAUGGACCUACAACGGCAUCUUAUCUAAAAAAAAAAAAAGGAAGACAUUGACAGCAAGCAGAGAUCUUGACAUUUAAAGGUAUAUUACAGGCAAAGCUUAAAGUGGCAGAAAAUGAGAGAGCUUCCUUCAGCUAGGUCUGAUAAGUAUAGAUGAGGCGGGAGGUGACAUCUGGGACGUUGCAGUGACAUAAAAGUGAUUGCCCUCAGCCCGCCCCGCGUAGACGCCGCCGAUGAGUGUAACCUGUUUGUCUGGUGUUUGGAUCCUCUUCAGUUGUUUUAUGACCUUUGAACGUUUUUCCGAUAUCCGACUAUAACUUCCUGGUGAUCGAUGCCAGUUCUCCGCGUCCGGCCUGGCAUCGAGCGCAGCCAUGCACUGGAGGCUCCCGAGACGCUCGGCAGCGAAGACCAGCAUGCAGGCGACGGAGCGGGAUGCGGCAUCUGCCGGGGACACGGGCUGGGCGGACGGCGUUCCAAUCAUGACCGAAUCUCGGCCGGGAUCUCCUCAAGUCGCGAGCAAGUCGCCAGCCUUUGAUCUCUUCACCCUGGUCGUCUCCUACAAGAGGAUUGAGAUCUACCUGGAGCCGGUCAGGGACGGCUGGGACACCGUCAGAUACCUGCUGAGAUGGCAGACCCCAAUUGUUUCGCUUCUCACCUGUUUUCUGGUGAAUAUUUUGCUGCUCACGUUAAAUGAAGUUGCCUGGUUCACAUUGGGCGCGCUGGUCGUCUCCAUCCCUGCCCUUAUCGGCUACCUCCAGGAGAUGUCCCACAUGAAUAUCCCUGACCCUGAGCUGGCCCGGCGGAAAUACUACAGUGUGCGGCGGGAGGACCUCAAGAAAGUAAAACUCACCCGUCAGGAGGCCGUGGCCGAGUUCAAGAGCUUCUUGAUUCACCUGGAGGCCGUCCUCAGUCUGAUCUGUGGCACUUGUGAGAAGGUCUAUCAGGUCGCGUACUGGCAGAAUCCUACCGCCUCAAUUCAGUUGUAUGGAUUAUUACUGGGCUCCAUCUGCAUUCUCUAUCUCCUGCCCUUGUGCUGGGUUUUGGCGAUUGUGAACAGCGCUUUAUUCUUGAGAAACUCUGACUUCUAUAGAGUUGUCGCAGAAUAUAAGGCAUCUUUCCAACCAAAAGGCAGCAGCGAGACUGCUUCAUUAGAACCAACGCAAGCAGCGCAAGAGGUUGAAAACCUAACGGUUGUGGAUCGAACACCCACCCCAGUACUAACUAACUCAGAAGAUCUCUCUCCGGGGAGCGUGGAAGAAGCUGAAGAAGCAGAACCAGAUGAGGAAUUUAAAGAUGCAAUAGAGGAGGAUGACGAUGUGUCCCAGUGCCCGUCUGAGUACGAACUGAACCUGCAGGACAAUGGUUUCCUCAGCAGAAAUGAUGCGAUCAAAAGUAAAGUGUCCAAACUGACCGAGAGGCUACGCAAGCGAUAUCCCGCCAAUAAUUUGGGUACAUGUAAUGGAUGCAGUGCAACCUUUUCAGUACUGAAGAAGAGGAGAAGCUGCAGUAACUGCGGGAACAGCUUCUGCUCCCGGUGCUGUUCUUACAAAGUCCUCAAGUCAGUGAUGGGGGCCACAGCUCCGGAUGCACAAAGAGAAACUGUAUUUGUUUGUGCCCUUUGUAACCAAGCAUUAUGUAAAUAAGAUCUGACUAUAUGGACAUGCAAUGGGAACGCCUGCUCCGCCUGAAGAGGAUCUCAGACGUAGCUGGACAGUGUGGUAUCUCCGCUGUAGCUGUGGCUUUCUGUGUCCUGUCCACAGCUUUUAUAUGAUGUCAAUGUCUAUUGGGUUUAGUCAGAAGCCAUUACCACUGCUAUAGGGUAUGCGAACCGUAGGGGCAGCUCCUGUGGCUCCUAUGGGGCCAGUUUAAGGUUCCUCAUGGGCUGUGCUAACCUCAAAGGGACCCCCUCCACAUAGGCAAAGAGGGAUGAAGACUCCAAACAUCAUCUAGUGUCUUCAAUGGAUCCAUUCUAGUCAGUCAUCACCUAAUAUCAUCUUGCAAAACUUGCUUGGUUUGGGCAUGAUUGGCCCGGCCUGUUCACGGGAUCCCGGCCUAUAAGGCUCUGUUCACAUAAGCAUCAUGGCCACUAGGGAGGAUUCAUCUACAAUGGAGAACAACAGCACUGGAUGGAUCCCAGUGACUUAUGGAGCAAGACUGCAAGAACAGCGCUGCUACAAUAAGAGGCAAUUCUUUGCAUUCUGAAUGUAAAGGGGAACUCCAAUCCAAAAAUUCACAUCUGAUAGGUCCUAGAUACAGGCAAGUCAUUAUCUUGGGCCAACAAUGAUUUCUGGAAUGCAAGGACACGUAAAGCAAUUACACCCCUUUGGUACGUCUCGGAGCUUUCUGUCACUGGAAAUCUGUAGACCCAUUGGGUAACCGAAAUGCCCACAGCAACCAAUCAGAUUUCAUUGUUCCAGAGCAGAUUGGCUGUCAUGAGCUAGAACACCCACUGUCAUUGGUCAGAUGAGUCGUAGAAAUCUCUGAGCAGUGUCAAAGGGGCUUGAACUUGAACAGUAAAUCCUGAUCAUGCUGAAGCUUACUAAUGGUCUGAAAUCACAGACUGCACCGAUGAUCAGUUUAGAUGGACUUCCCCUUUAAACGACACAAACAAGAGGAUUGCCUUUAAGAUAAUGGGUAAUAGCCUUUAGUUUUAAAGGGGACCUGUCACCUCUCCUGACAUGUCUGUUUUAGGAAAUACUUGUAUCCCCCAUAAAAUAACAAUCUUUGGUCAUCUUUUCUUGGAACUCUGCAUUUUGCCGCCCCUCUGUUAUUCACCUUGGAAAUGCAUACAUUUAUUAACAACUGAUCCGAGUGUGUCGGUGUGUGAAUUGACAUGAGUAUUAAUAAGGGGAAGCGGAGCGCCCCUUUGUCAAUUUAUUCAUACAUUUCCGGGAGGAAUAACAGAAGACCCUUCACUUUGGGUCCUAUUCUAGAGAUAGGAACAGAACUCGCUCCUAUCUGACAUUGGUGGCAUACCCUAGCGAUAGGCCAUAAAUGCCCCAGAUGGGAAAGCCCCUUUUAAAAUGUGCAAUUCUGGCCACCAUCAGCCACCACUAGGGGGAGCUCAUAAGUCACAAUUUCUUGCAGCGCUCACAAGCUCCCCCUAGUGGCGUCACUGGAGAAAACACAUUUAUACAACUAGGAUCCCCCAUUGUCUUUAGACAUUCUAAAAUGCACAGACUAUUUACUCCCGUAUUUUAGUUCUAUGUGGAUACCUUCCGCCUCCUGUAUAAAAGAUUGUUCAGUGGAAGAUGAUUUUAAAAUAUUGCACCUUAAUGCAUUUUAUUUUGGUCCUGAAGAUCUGGACGAUAAUUGCGCCAAGUGCUGCAUUAUAGUCUCCCCAGUCCCCUUUUUGUCUUUUGGGGGGACAUAUUGUUUAGUGUCCUAUUAGGCUCCACUUUUAUUGCUCUAGUGAAGUCCAGCUAAAAUAAAAAUAAAAAGAGUCCACUGUGCACAAAGUCUGGAGAAAGCUUCAAUGCAGACUUAUUUGUCUCCAUAGUAGAUCCUACAGCCAUGCAUUAUUGCUCCCUUUCCUACUCCCUGUGGCGGCUGGUGGCGGUGGCGGCCUCACUAAAAAAGAGAGUUGGAGAUUGGGUGCCCACCAUUCUCCUACGUGUGGGUCCAAGAGGUGGGACCUGCAUCUAUCUGUCAUAAAUGUCUACGUAGGAAAUACCCCUUUAAGAUGUGGGACUACAUCCCACCAGUCCUGACACGGACACGUGCCUACCCGUUCCAAUAAAUAGGAGUCCAGAGGUAGCAGUGGCACUUGUGCCCGGUGUCUAAAGAGAGCCCAAAAGCCCCUCUACUAUAAAUGGCGCAGGGUAGGUGGGCGCCCUGUUAGGCCCUGUUCACAUGGUGGA